GCUGAGCCCUCCUUGUUGGUCGCCGUGUCCUUGGCUGGUGUGAAAAUGGCCACAAACUUUCUAGUGCACGAGAAGAUCUGGUUUGACACGUUCAAAUAUGAUGAUGCAGAAAGGAAAUUCUACGAGCAGAUGAACGGGUCCGUGGCUGGCUCCUCACGCCAGGAGAACGGCGCCAGCGUGAUCCUCCGUGACAUCACAAGAGCCAGAGAAAACAUCCAGAAGUCCCUGGCCGGAAGCUCAGGCCCUGGGGCCUCCAGUGGGCCCGGUGGAGACCUCAGUGAGCUUGUCAUCCGGAUUGCCAGCCUGGAAGUGGAGAACCAGAGCCUGCGAGGGGCGGUGCAGGAUCUGCAGCAGGCUGUCUCCAAGCUGGAGGCCUGGCUGAGUGCGCUAGAGAAAAGCUCGCCCGCCCACCCGGCCACAGCUCCGCAGACCCAGCACGUGUCUCCCGUGCACCAAGUGGAGCCCCCCCCAAGGAAGGCGGCCACCGUCACAGAGGACGACGAGGACGAUGACAUUGACCUGUUCGGCAGCGACGAGGAGGAGGACAAGGAGGCUGCCCGGCUGCGGGAGGAGAGGCUGUGGCAGUACGCUGAGAAGAAGGUCAAGAAGCCUGCCCUGGUGGCCAAGUCCUCCAUUCUCCUGGACGUCAAGCCUUGGGAUGACGAGAUGGACAUGGCCCAGCUGGAGGCCUGCGUGCACGCCAUCCAGCUGGAUGGGCUGACUUGGGUGGGGUGCUCCAAGCUGGUGCCCGUGGGCUACGGCACCCACAAGCUGCAGAUCCAGUGUGUGGUGGAGGACGACAAGGUGGGCACGGACCUGCUGGUAGAGGAGAUCACCAAGUUCGAGGAGCAUGUGCAGAGCGCUGACACUGCUGCUUUCAACAAGAUCUGAGCCCUGGCAUUGGCCUGAGCGUGUGAAGCCUUGCAGCCAAUAAAGACUGAGAUUCCAAAAAAACA